AUGACGAUGUUCGGGGUUGCUCUGCUUGUCGCGUGUUCGCUGGCAAUGGCUUUCGGGGAUGCCGGACCACUGGGUCGGGUGCUCUUGUUGGCGUCUGACGAUGACGCCAGCCGACAUGACGACCCGAUCACUGAUUAUCAGCCACGAGUUCGUCGUUCUCCGAGUGGCGGUGAGGAUUAUGCGGACGAGGGUAUCGACGAUCCGGAAGGCCGGACUCUGCACAAGCUCAAGCGCAAGCUCAAGCCCCACAAGUUCGGGCACCAUCACGGGGGAUUUUUGGGCAGCUCGUAUCCCUCGUUCGGUGGCUAUCCAGGCUUAGGCGGUGGCUGUCAUGGCACAAGCCGCACUACGGGGGAGUGGGCGGUGGAGGCCCGAUCGCAGCAGCCUUUGCCGGUACCCCGGCUUACGGCGGCUGGAACCCAGGCUACGGCGGCGGCUGGAACCGGCCCAACGCCCAAUCGCAAUUCAGCACCUGGAACCUGGGCCCGUUCCAAGGUACCUUCGGACUCGCCCAUGCUGGCUAAACUCUACGACGUGUACCAUAAUGAUGACGUCGAAGAGGAGUUAGAGCCAAACUGUAAAGAAAUCAACGAUUGAACAAAAUGUAGCAAGUGAAGAGUAUACAAUAGGUACAGGGUUGUAAAGAUAGUGUGUAUGUUUGUAAAUAGAGAUGGGAUGGAGGCCAUACGUAUAUAUAUGUAUAUUUUGUAUGCACGUAUAUAAGCGCAAAGUAAAACUCUCGCUGUUGCGAGAGGAAGGAGGAAGGAUCGGCCACCCUCGUCCGAAAGUGCGGGAGAGUUGUUCUUUGUUGGCGUGUCGGUGAGCUGCACCAGAUGUUCCUCCGGUGAGGGCAAAAACCGGUAAAAAUAAUCGCAAAGGUAGGAGGAAGGAGAGAGAAAGAGAAGGGAAACAAAGAUUAAGUUUGAGAGUAAGUACACGUAUAUCAUACUAUAUAUACAUUAUGUACACCGAGGUGCGAUUUAUUAUUAUCAUCAUUGUCGUCAUCACGCUGUUCUCCGUGGAUUUUCAUUUGUCAAAAUAUGAUUACAAUUAAUAC